GACUUGAGUGAAUCACUGUUCUUCAGCUAAUGCGCUUUCUCCGUGGCAUUAACCUCUCCUCAUACAGCUGAGUGAUGCUUCGUGUAUGAGACAAAUGUUUGACCCUGAGUGUGUGUGUGUGUGUGUGUGAAGUUGAGUGAGUGAGUGAGUGAGAGAGAGAGAGAGAGGUGGAGUGGAGGGAAAGCUACAACUCUAGCUCAGGUACAGCCCGAGUCGCAUCUGUACCCGGAGUACCGGAGUGCAACAACUUCUCCAUCGAAACAGGAAAACAACAAAGUCUCAAAAGCUGGGCUGCUACUGUUAGACCGGGUCGGAGGACAAUCAACUGCAACUGCUGCUGCCGCUGCUGGUGUGUCUUGUGCGGUGUGGACUUUCUCACGUUGCGGUGGUCAUUCACAGACGCAUACUGGAGCUUGCAUGCCCGAUACACCCCCUCCCCACCUCUCCCUCUCCCUUUCUCUCUCUCGCACAUACAUACACACACUUGGAGGGAGAGGAAGUGUGUGAGUGGCAGAUCCUGUCGUGUGGAGUGUACUGAAGAGGGGAGAAGAGAGGAGUGGAGCGCAGACUCUACCAUGCCAGUGCAGGGAGGAAGGCUGAAGCGCUGUCUCUCUGUCUGUCUCUGGAGCCGGAGUCCUCUGCUGCUGCUUGGACUGUUCUCUCUUCAAGUGCAAGCACACGGCAACAUAUUGGACAGUAUGCUGCUAAGAGCAUCCAACAAGGAGGCAGUGGAGAACGGGAAGGAGUCGAGUGGCAGCACAGCUCCUGCGUCAUCCUCCCAAAGACUCCUGUGGUGUCACUGUUAUCACCACUGCCCUGAAGAUUCAACCAAUAAUACAUGCAGGACGGAUGGCUACUGUUUUACCAUGGUGGAGGAGGAGGGAGGGGUACCUGUCCAGACUGCAGGGUGCCUGGGGCUGGUUGGAUCAGAGUUUCAGUGUAGGGACACUGGGAGCUCCCGUCAAAGGAGGUCGUUAGAGUGCUGCACGGACCAAGAUUACUGUAACAAAAACCUGCAUCCUACACUGCCACCGCUCAAGCCUCCACUCUACGUAGAUGGAAAGAUCCACCACAUGGCCUUGUUGAUCUCAGUCACUGUGUGCAGCAUUAUACUGGUUGCAAUCAUUGUCUUCUGCUACUUCAGGUAUAAGCGUCAGGAGUCUCGUCCUCGGUACAGUAUUGGCCUGGAGCAGGAUGAGACCUACAGUCCCCCUGGAGAAUCUCUGAAGGACCUGAUAGAGCAGUCACAAAGCUCGGGCUCAGGCUCGGGGCUCCCUCUAUUGGUACAGAGAACCAUAGCCAAGCAGAUCCAGAUGGUGAAGCAGAUAGGCAAGGGGAGGUAUGGAGAGGUGUGGAUGGGCAAAUGGAGGGGAGAAAAGGUGGCUGUUAAAGUUUUCUUCACCACUGACGAGGCCAGUUGGUCCAGAGAGACUGAGAUUUACCAGACUGUCCUAAUGAGACAUGAGAACAUACUGGGUUUUAUAGCUGCUGAUAUUAAAGGAACUGGAUCUUGGACCCAACUCUACCUAAUCACCGACUGCCAUGAAAAUGGCUCCUUGUACGACUACCUCAAAUCAACCACUCUAGACAACAAAGCCAUGCUGCGACUGGCUUACUCCUCUGUGUCAGGCCUCUGUCACCUCCACACUGAGAUCUUUGGCACCCAGGGCAAACCUGCCAUUGCUCACAGGGAUCUGAAGAGUAAGAACAUACUGGUGAAAAGAAAUGGGACCUGCUGUAUAGCUGACCUGGGCCUGGCAGUCAAAUUUAUUAGCGACACCAAUGAGGUCGACAUCCCUCCCAACACUAAAGUCGGUACAAAGCGCUACAUGCCUCCAGAGGUCCUGGACGAGACUCUGAACAAAAGUCAUUUUCAGUCGUACAUCAUGGCUGACAUGUACAGCUUUGGGCUUAUUCUCUGGGAGAUUGCACGGCGUUGUGUCUCUGGAGGGAUCCUUGAAGAGUACCAGUUGCCAUACCAUGAGUUAGUUCCUACAGACCCUUCAUAUGAAGACAUGAAAGAGGUGGUCUGCAUAAAGAGACUACGACCAUCCUUUCCUAAUCGAUGGACCAGCGAUGAGUGUUUGAGACAGAUGGGGAAGCUGAUGUCAGAAUGCUGGGCCCACAACCCAGCCUCCCGCCUCACAGCCCUGCGGGUCAAAAAGACACUUGCCAAGAUGUCAGAAUCACAGGAUAUCAAGCUGUGAGCGAGCACUGCUAGGUGUGUGUUCACACACACACACACAAACACACACACAGAAAGGGCAUUAACAAUCACACUGGCUGUGGUCCAGGCCACACCAUCCGUUUUUCCUGGGAAAAGGAGAUGGUACAGGAGGCAAGAUCAUCACUUGGAGAUCAAAGGAUCACAAACUUUGAAUCCAGAUGUCCAGAACUCUGCAAUCCACGUCUCCCUUUAAAAAUGUAUUACAGGACAGGAUUACCUAAAACCUCAAAGAAUCAAAAACAGUCACGCCUUGUACGGCCCUGUUCUGUCCGUCUGAGAAGUCGAGAUAUUUUCAUUUCAGACUAGGGUGAGGACUCUAAAAAAUGUUCCUGGUCACAUGCUCCAAAGGUCCUUGGAGAAAGAGGUUGAGUUUGACUUGGCACAGUAGCUGCAGAGAUACAAAAAUGAGCUACUGAAUGGUGAGUGGAAUAUCGUAACACUGCUUUCUGUGAAAGCUACCCUACCUGUAGAUGAAGGUCCGAUUGCUAGAAUGGAAAGGAUGUGCGUUAGUGCAAUCUGUUAUUGCAGCGUGACACCUCCUUUCAAAACUCUGUCACCCUCACUACUGUUGAAAUUGGACUGAACACAUUGUUUAUCACUUAAAUUGACAGCUCUUCUUUACGGUGACUGACAUGCAACAGAAAAAAAAAGUGUAUUUUGAGGCUUUAAAAGUUUUGUUAUGCUGGUAAUGUUUGUAGACACUGAAAAAAAACUGUACCUGUAUUUUUGAGCUGUGACAGGAUAUGAAAGUUGCAAAAGCAUAUUUUCCAUGUAAAAUUCAAAAUUCUCUAAGACUGAAAAAUAAAGUUCAUAUGUCCAAACACA